CUUAGACCUGCCCUGCUGGCCGUCAGUCCGUCCGAGCUCUAAUAUUCACCGGCCACCUCCAUGGCUCCAUGUUCCAUCAGCUUUGAUUUUAUAGAUCCUAUUUUACAUAUUUUCCGCCUGAGGGAAUUAUAUUUCAUCACCGCCCACCGAUGAUACUUCGACUCCUCAUCAGCGUCGGUCAAACAAAUAUUACGGGUCAUAAGCUACCCCAAGCGCUGAUUUGUACCGUUCGUAAAGGAGACACCUGUCAACAACCGAGUUCAUGAGAUCUACUUUUUUUGAUAAAAUCGCCAUUUUCAUGUGUUAAAGCCCUUUUCAUACUAACAGGUGCUAUCUUUUCUAAUACUCAAGUGCAGCCCUUUUCGAUCCAUUUGAAUUUUAUACCAACAUGUUUGUGUAUAUCUACAUUAACAACGCACCCAAGGGCCUUUAAAAUGUCCGGGCCGGCCCGAGUCAAGUCUCUCGUGCCAGGUCGACAAAUCCAUGCAUGUCUAACCAAACUUGGGCUGCUCCAAGACAACAAACAGAGAAACUGUUUGAUAAAUCUCUAUGCAAAAUGUGGGGAUUUUGGGAAUGCCCACAAGCUGAUUGAGGAAAAUCCGGAACCAGACUUGAUAUCUUGGUCUUCUUUGAUAUCAGGGUAUACCCAGAAUGGCCUUUUGGAGGAGGCCACUCUAUCUUUCAGAAAAAUGCAUUCUUUGGGUCUAAAAUGCAAUGAAUUCACGUUCCCCAGUGUGCUCAAGGCAUGCUCGAUAAAAAGGGACCUUUUGCUAGGAAAACAGAUUCAUGGGGUUGUGGUGGUGACCGGGUUUGGAUCUGAUGUAUUUGUAGCCAACACUUUGGUUGUUGUGUAUGCAAAAAGUGGUGAACUUUCGGAUUCCAGGAAACUGUUUGAGGAAAUCCCAGAAAGAAAUGUUGUAUCAUGGAAUGUUUUGUUUUCUUGUUACACUCAGAACGACUUUUUCAAGGAAGCAGUGAGCUUGUUUCAAGAAAUGGUUCAGAGUAGUGGAAUAAAACCAGAUGAGUACAGUUUAUCAACAAUAUUGAAUGCAUGUACAGGAUUAGCAGAUAUUUAUCUAGGGAAGAAAACCCACUGUUAUCUAUUAAAGAUUGGUCAUGAUUCAGACCCUUUCUCCUUAAACGCACUCGUGGACAUGUACGCAAAACUGGGUGACUUGGAAGACGCAAUUGCUGUUUUUCAAGGAAUUUCAGAACCAGACAUUGUUUCGUGGAAUGCUAUAAUAGCCGGAUGUGUUCUUCGUGAGUGUCACGACCAAGCAUUGGAAAUGUUGGGCCGGAUGAGAAGGUCCGGAAUGUCUCCAAACAUGUUCACCUUAUCAAGUUCUCUGAAAGCUUCUGCUGCACUGAAGCUUCAGACUGCAGGAAAAACAUUGCAUUCUCUUCUUAUAAAGAAAGACAUAGUUAUAGAUCCAUUUGUGAGUGUUGGGCUGAUUGAUAUGUACGGUAAAUGUGAUUUGAUGAACGAUGCGAGACUAAUAUAUGAUUAUAUGCCCGAGAAAGACUUAAUAGCUCUGAACGCUAUGAUAUCUGGAUAUUCACUGAACGAAGAAUACACUGAAUGCCUAACCCUUUUCGCUAACAUGCACAAGAGCGGAAUAAGAUUUGACCAAACAACUUUACUAGUAGCCCUAAACUCCACUGCUGGAUUGCAAGCUUAUGAUGUUUGUAAGCAAAUUCACACACUUUCAGUUAAAUCAGGGUUUCACUCUGAUCCCUAUUUGGUAAACAGCCUCAUCGAUUCGUAUGGAAAGUGUAGCUUACUAGCCGAAGCAGCUAAGAUCCUUGACGAAUUUCCUUUUGUAGAUUUACCAUCAUUUACCUCUUUGAUUACAGCUUAUGCUCAAUACGGAAAAGGGGAAGAAGCUCUGAAGCUAUAUUUAAGGUUACAGGAUUUGGAUAUAACCCCAGACUCAUUUGUUUGUAGUUCUCUUCUCAACGCCUGUUCUAAUCUUUCAACUUAUGAACAGGGGAAACAAAUCCACGUUCAUGUCUUGAAAUAUGGGUUCAUGUCUGACACCUUUGCUGGAAACUCUCUAGUAAACAUGUAUGCCAAAUGUGGGAGCAUAGAGGACGCUGGGCGUGCCUUCUCUGAGGUUCCAAAGAAAAGUAUCGUCUCCUGGUCAGCCAUGAUUGCGGGACUUGCCCAACAUGGGAAUGCCAAAAAGUCCCUUGAUUUGUUCAACGAAAUGCUUACUGAUGGAAUUACCCCUAACCACAUAACAUUAGUUAGUGUUUUGUGUGCAUGUAACCAUGCUGGUUUAGUUUCAGAAGCAAGAAACCAUUUCAAAACGAUGAAAGAGAGAUUUGGAAUUGAGCCAACACAAGAACAUUACGCUUGUAUGGUCGACGUUCUCGGGCGAGCGGGCAAAUUGGAAGAGGCUAUUGAUUUAGUAAACCAAAUGCCUUUUGAGGCUAAUGCGUCCGUUUGGGGGGCACUUCUCGGUGCUUCAAGAACACAUAAAAACGUGGGCAUAGGAGAACAAGCUGCACAUCAGCUUUUCAUUCUUGAACCUGAGAAGUCUGGGACCCAUGUUCUUCUUGCAAACAUUUAUGCUUCUGUUGGGUUGUGGGCAAAUGUGGCAGAGGUUAGAAGAUCGAUGAGAGACAGCAAAGUAAAAAAGGAACCAGGGUUGAGCUGGAUUGAGGUUAAAGACACGGUGUACACAUUCAUAGUGGGAGACAAAAGCCAUCCCAGAAGUGAAGAGAUAUAUGGAAAACUUAAGGAGUUAGUUGAGUUAAUGGGUAAAGAAGGGUAUGUACCCAUGGUGGAGGUUGAUCUGCAUGAUGUGGAAAAGGAACAAAAGGAGAUUUUGCUGUCAUACCAUAGCGAGAAGUUAGCUGUAGCGUUUGGGUUGAUUGCUACCCCUCCUGGAUCUCCCAUUAGGGUAAAGAAGAACCUUAGGAUUUGUUUGGACUGUCAUACAGCCUUCAAGUUCAUAUGUAAGAUUGUCUCUAGAGAAAUCAUAAUUAGAGAUGUUAACAGGUUCCACCACUUCAAAGAUGGAUCUUGUUCUUGUGGGGAUUAUUGGUAGCCUUCUUCAUUCAGCUAAGGCCGUCUUUUUGCAAACCAGUGCGGUGUGGUGAGUUUGAAGCUUUAAAGCGCUGUACCUAUGAUUGAAUGAGUUUCAAGUGCAUCUGCGGUGCGGAUGGUUUUACAUGACACCAUUUAGAUAGCAAAUUGUUGCCAAGUGAGAUUUUCUAUAGGAAGUGAGAGUUGCCUGUGGCCAAACAGAGCACCACCUCCACAAGUCACCAACAGAUAAUUGAGGCUUUGAACUAUAUUGCAAUUUCAGAGAAAUUGAAAUUAAGAGGUUUGUGGAAUUUACCUAGAAGAAUUUACUGUAUAAUUCAUUAUUCUCAUACAAACAUACUCCCUCCGUCCCCGAAAGAAUGUCCUACUUUCCCAAAAUAUAUGCUUGUGUACCUUCUCAAUCUCUCGCCCGGCUGCCUUACAAUUAGCUGCAUUAUCGGUGACAACUUGCAGCACAUUACUUGGUCCAACCGUGUCAAUACCUCCAAGAAGAAAUUUAGAAAUUUCUACUCCAGAUUUCUCAACCCCAGAAAAAUCUUCCGCGUACAUGAACAUCGCACCACGGGAAUUCACCGCUAAAACAUUGAUAAGUGGCCUAUGCUUCACGUUAGACCACCCAUCCGAGACAAUUGACACCCCUUGAGUGUACCACAUGUCUUUCACCACCGUUAGAUCCUUCUCAACGUCCCUAACGCAUUCGUCGAGCAACACCGUUCUCGCCUUUUCACUAGAAGGAGGUUUGUAUCCUUCCGGUGCCUUUUUGAUAGCAUUCACCAUUUCAAUAAAUUGCGGGUUGCGUAAGACGUUGAAUGGAAUCCCAUUUGCACACAAGCCCCUAAUGAUCUUUAAGUCAACUGCGUUUCUCUCCAAUAGCCCAAAAGACUCUUCCAAACGUUUCUUUGAUGACACACUUCUGGACAGCAGUGAAUUCUUCAAUGAUUUUGCAACGUCACCAGCCUCAGCUUCUUUUACUUUGUUCCAAAGACUUUCAUGCUUCUGCCUAUCUUUGAGGAGUGCAGGACACCUUUUGAUUUCUGCCUUUUUCCCUGCUGCAGGCCCAAAAAAAUGAACAUGAAUUCUUGUAUAAGAACUGGUGUACUUCCCCUUGCAGUGUUUGCAAACCCAUUGCUUUGCACCUCCUGCGUUUUUACUUUCACCCGUGCCAAGGAAAGUAACUUCAUCCAGCAGUGGUUUGGCUUUGGCAUUUGCAUCCUUAGUUUGCGUAGCAGGUACAACUUGUUCACUUUCUUGAGUUUCUGGAAGAACAUACUCUUCUGUGUCACUGUCCACUAAAUUAUAAGUGGCUGGAGACUCUGCUCUAGAAGAUGAACCAGACCCAAAAACCAUUUUAAGAAUUUAGAGUAUAAGUGAGAAGAGAAUGGAGAGUAGAAAGCUAAGUGAUGAAGACUGAAUUUGAAAUCACCGAAUGGUGAGAGUUGGAACAAUUUCCACCCCAUUAUAUAGGCUGGAGUGCUGGACGUAGAACAAAGUGAAGAGUAGAAGAGGAAGACUGAAGCGUGAAUUCGUUCUGCAGAAAUCGAAGAGUUAUAGAACGCGUCUGAAGUCUGAACGCCUAGGUAUACGAUUAAGAAACGGCGAUUCAAUUUUCGAAGCACAGUAAACGACGAGCCUGAAUGACGCUCUGGUACAGAGUUCGCGAUUUAGGGCGAGCCCUUUUGGUGUUGCGAUCGACAUCAGGUACGUUUGCGAACGUCUUGUUUAGCGAUGCGGAACGAUCCGACCUGCGAUUAGGAUCGAUUGGCCAAACGAUCCAACCUGCGAUCCCACCUGCGUCUGGUACGCGUUCGUACCGCGUUUGGGUACGGGGCGUUCAGAUCGCAGAUCGCGGUUAUCCCAACGAUUUAUGUUUCUAUGUCUAAAAGUCACUAAUGAUACAUCCCCUCUUCACAAACUUUUUUAAAACGAAAAGCGUCCAAAAGCGAUGACCUUGAGCUUUGCUUUAAAGCGAAAGCGCUAAGCAAAGCGUAGCUUUCUCACAAAAACGAUGCUGAUAAAAAAUAUAUAUGAUGUGUAGUUAAGUCAAAAAUGCGUAAGUAAUCAUAAAAGUCAUUAAGAAUAAUACUAGUGCAACAUAAAAAUGAGAAAACAUUCAUCACACAAUUAUGUAAAAACGCAUAACUAAUCAUAAAAGUACUAGCGCAACAUAAAGAUAAAAACAUCCAUCACAUAAUGUCUAAAAUUCUACAUAUAUAUGUUUCACAAAUAUAUAAUCAAGCAAGUUUAAAUGAACUGGAAAAUUUAAUUUAUCAAUAAACUUAGUGGAAUAAACUGGAAUAAACUGAAAAUUAAUUAACCAAUAAACCGAAAGGAAUAAACCGAAAAUUAAUUAAUCAAAAACUGAAAUAAAUAAACUGGAAUAAACUUAAAAUUAAUUAAUCAAUAAAUUGAAAGGAAUAAACUGGAAUACGGUCAAUAACCUAAAAAUUAAUUAUCCAAUAAACUCAUUAAACUGAAGAAUAAACUGGAAAAAAACUAAAAAUUAAUUAAUCAAUAAACUAAAAGGAAUAAACAAAAAACUAAUUAAUCAAUAAAUUGAAAGGAAUAAACUAAAAAUUAAUUAAUCAAUAAACUGGAAUUUAAUUUAGUGGAAUAAACUGGAAAUAAAAAAUUAAUUAAGUAACUAGCCGAAGAGGGAAGAACGACGUUUAAGGCUGAAAGGUGUUUCAAACAAAAAAUAAACAGAGCAAAAGACUGAAAGUUUUCAAAUUAAAAAAACAGAGUAAACCUGAAGAGUGAAAAACGAUGUUUAAGCUUUGGAUGAAAGAGAUUGUGCUUCUCACAGGCGAGUUGGAGAUUUCUAGCCUAACAGAAGUCUGCGCGAACUCCAAACCUGCGGCUUCUUCACCUGCGACUUCUCCUACGGCUUCAUCACCUGCGGCGUUGUCUGGUGCAUGGAAAGAAUCGAACGAAUAUAACCCUAAUCUCUAGCGCCGACACACUUAAAAUGAAAAAAUUGUCCGAUCAAAUUACCACUUUUUGUGAAAAGCUCUGCAAAGCGGUCACUCACAAAUAGCGCAGCAAAAGCGGAGCUUUCUCACGGCGAGUCGCUUUCCAAAGGCCAGGCGGAGAAGUAGGGCUCGCUUGUGCAUUGGUGCUUAAGCGCGCUUUUGGACGCUUUUAACAAGUGCCUCUUUGAUCUCCGAAUUUGUAUCUUUAUUUAUCAUAUUUAUAUUAUCAUCUAAUUUACGUACAUAUGUAUGCUCUAAUAAUAUCAUGUAUAGAUUCCCGUUAGCCGACCCCAAAAUCUUUUGGGAUCAAGGAUCGGAUUUUGUUGUAUGUAUGCUCUAAUUUGAUAUGCAUUUUCAUAAGCAACAAGGUGGUGGGGAGAAAAACGAUAUUCAUUAAUACGGGAUAUCAUCAAGUUUUGACAACCUUGAUAAGAACUGUAGGUAAAAAACGCUAAAAUAAAGACUCUUGUUGGUUAUAUAGAGAGUUACAGUAAUAGAUUAUGAUAGACCUUAAUUAUCUUCCUGGCCGGGUUGAGGAUCUUUGAGAAACAGGUGGUGCUAUAGGCAUGAGUUGAGCUGCUUUGCUUUCUAAGUAUGAUGAAUUCUGAUGCACUAGGAUAUGCCAUAUGCCCCAGGAGAAGGUUUGUUGAGGCAUAUAAUGAAUCCAGUUUGUAGUUAUUAAUCCAGAUGAAAGGAAUGUACCAAUAUAAGUAUGUCAUUUAUAGCAAAUCAUAGUUUAUUAGAUCCAUUUGCUGCACUUUGGCAUGUCAAUGUACUUUCUAUUGUAUGUAUAUUUUACCAAUAUGUUUUUGCGUGUGUUUGGUGCUGGUGUGGUGUGGUGUCUGAACAUAACUUUCAUGAUCACAUGUAUUACUACUUAAUAAGUUUUUAUAUUUUUUCUUACGAAUUAUAUGUCCGGACAUAACUCUCAG